AUCAAAGAUGCCUUGCCUCCAUUUAACCAGCAGGCAAACUCGGACUUGAUCUUGCGUUCAUCGGACCAUGUCGAUUUUCAUGUCCACAAGCUUAUCCUCUCAAUCGCAUCGCCUAUUUUCGAAGACAUGCUCAGCAUACCACAGACUUCUCAGUCGGUUGACGAGCACCGUGAUGGCUUGCCGAUCGUUAUGCUUGAGGAGGAUGCACAGAUGAUUGACUUCAUGCUCCGGAUGAUCUAUCCUGUCCCAUCGCCGGUGAUCACAAAGUUGGAUGACCUUCGAUUCGUACUUGGCCCUUCACAGAAAUACCUUUUCAGUAUAUAUGAAGGGUUCGCCGAAGAAUCACUGGAAAAGGCACUGAAAUGGGAGCCUAUCAGUGUGUAUGUGCUUGCCUGCAAGUACAAAUAUCCUGGUGCAGCAGCAAAAGCAGCGGAAGCCAGCUUGUCACUACCAUUGACGACCCCUUCCCAAUAUCUUGAUGACAUUUGCGGCGAGCAGUAUCAUCGUCUCUUGCUAUAUCGGCAGAAGUGUGUUGCAGCCACGACAGAUGUGGUUUCUUCUACGAGUUGGUUCCAACCAAUCCCCACCACUGUGUUUGAAAACUCAGCGACAUGUGGAUGUUAUACCCAGGCUCAAGAGCCGUCCGCAUCUCAGAAAAGAUGGUAUGGACCCUCAUAUCUGUGGACAUAUUUGACUAGAGUUGGGCUUGCCUUGAGAGAGACACCGAGCAGCCAGUGCAUCAUUGCUGACAAGGGUGAUGACUUGAAUAAAGUGUUCUCCUGUGGCCAUCGCGGCUAUUCUUUUCCAGGCUACAAGGAUACAACAAAGGGUUUCACGCAAUUUUGCCAGCUCCUCGUCGAGAAGGUCAAUAGGGCGGUCGCGCAGGUGAACAUUGACCUUUACUUUCUGUCAUCUGCACGAAUUUGA